AAGCGGACGGUAUUGGAAUAUGACAGCCAUUUCAACACAUUCAAUUCCCCUGUGAAAAAGACUAAUGGAAGGGAUAAGAUGAUAUAUCGCUGUAAAUUAUAAUGGACUCGAGCAGCGGCGGAAUGUAAUGAUCGAUCAGUGCAAAGCAAUUGGCCCGCAGGGGAAUUUAGUGUGGGCUGAUCAAUUGACGAUGGGUUCUCCCUGAUUGGCUCUUUACAUCUCAGUGAACCUGUGUCAGAUAAGCGCAAAAGUUUGAAGAAAAUUGUCUGGAAACUGUCGUGGACAACGCACUUUGUAUUUGUAUUUCUUGUCAAGGCUAUGUAGACUGAAGUUGUUGCAGUAGGCUAUUUGUGUAAUUAUUGACCGUGCCAACCAUGCGGGACAUCAACAUGUUUCGUUGUUCCUCAGUGAUCGCAGCGGAAAAAGAGCUCGUCUCCCAGUCAAAGGAGCUUUGUAGAGACUUCAUUCACUCCAGGAUUUUAAGGGAAGGAUUCAUCUGGUCAAAAGUUGAACCUGAUCUCCCCGCGACACAUGGAGGUCUUGCAGAUGUAUCUACGGUGCUUCUUAAAUUGGGUAAUGAGCUGGAGUGCAUGCGGCCCUGUGUGUAUCGUAAUAUUGCGAAGCAGCUGAACAUUGGUGUAGCAGUGGAGGCAGUGGUGUCGGAAGCAUUUAUCUCCGUAGCAACAGAGAUCCUAUCCAUGGGGAUCACAUGGGGGAAAGUGGUGGCCAUCUUCGCCGUAGCUGCUGGCCUGGCUGUGGACUGUGUGCGACAGGGCCAUCCAGUCAUGGUGCACACCAUCGUGGAUAGUCUGGGAGAGUUUGUGCAUAGGAGCCUGGUGCCAUGGCUAAAAAAGAGAGGAGGAUGGGGGGAUAUUUCAAAAUGUGUGGUGAACAUGGACUCUAGUGCUCAUGCUCAUUGGUUGUCAACAGCUACAUUAACAUGGAGGCAGUUCUUAAAGACCAUGUACAUCUACCUGAUGAAGUAGCCUUGUGCAGGUAACCAUGAUGACUGAGAACAGAAUCCUUCCUUCCCAGAACUAUUUGAAUGACUGAUUGUACUGUUUGUGGAGUCCUGGGGAGCAAACAGUCCAUCACAAAGUUCAGAGCACAUUAUCCAGGUUCAUUUGCACUUUAAUCUCAUUUAACCUUUAUUAUAAUACUAUGACCUGAAAUUCUGGGAGCAGAUGGCAAUGAAAGAGAAAAGGUGCUAUAUUCAUUGUUGGAGCAACAAUGUCUUUCCUCCUCAGUUUGACUCUGAAUGUAAUGGAGCCUCUUUUAUGCUGAUGAUGCAUUCUUCUGAGAUUUUUAACUGAAUGAUUGUGAUGUUGAGUGAAACAUUGUAAUGUUUGACUCUGACAAUCAAUUGUCAGAUUUUUAUUUCUACAAAAUUGCUAAAAUGAUGUUUGGAGUGUCACUUUGUAUUAUCAUACAGUUUGAGUGGUAUGUAUACCACCUGAGUUGUCACCAGAUGUACAUCUUAAAAUAAA